AUGAUGAGAUUAAAUAUAACGAGAUUGACUAAGAGAAUGAAUAUGAAACCUCCCUCGGAAAAUGAUUUCAGCACUUUGCUCAUUGCAAAGAAUACUCCAAUUCGUUAGCUUUCCAUAUCAACUCGCUCAUCGAAACACUCUUAAUUUGUUAGAAGAUUGCCAACUAAUUAAAAUUAACAAUCACAACAAUUAACUAGUAGAACGAUCUCAGUUCAUGAUACGCAUUUACAUGGUGAACCCUUGUAGGAGAAGCAGCUCUCAGUCAACAAAAUGCAGAAUAAGAAAAAGUCUUCGAGAAGAUUAAUCGGUUUAUAAACUCAACCCAGUUUGAUCAUGAAACCAAAGUUUGCAGACAUUAAAUAUGAAUUGAUUGACAUCUACUCAUUACAAAUACCUGAACCAAAAAUACUGUACAGAGGUCACAGAGAAACGUCUCAUCUUUAAAAGAUCGCCAUUAUUGGCUAAUCUCUAUCUCUUAACAAAUAGUUAAUUCAAAAAAUUAAAUCUGAAUGCAUUCUAGUCUUAUUAACUAACAAUUUAUCGUAAUUAGAUGAAUAAUAUGAUUGCAUAAUUUAACCACCUCACAUAUCUCCCAAGGAAGCAUUGAGUUUUUAAAGAAAUACGAAUUAGAUUUGGAUAAAUGUGAAUCACUUAAUACAAACAUACAAAUAACCAUAGCAAAUUAUUAUGAUAGAUGAAAUUUUUAACGAUAAUAACAUUUUAGGUAUUGAAGAAUUAAAAAAUAAAAUAUUGUAUUCUGGAAAUUGUAAGAUGAUUCAUCUAUUUCUCUAAAAGGACAAGCCAAAUCUCUAAAAAUUAUAUUAUGCCCUAUGUCAUCUAUUGAAGUACGAGCAAUAGGAUUUGAUAUCAUUGAAUCUAAAAUAGACACUACAAGAAUGUUCCGAAAAUUGUCUGUAAAUUUAAUCUAAAUUAAAUUACCUUCAAAAAGUAGGUGACAUAAAGAAGAAGUUGAAACACCAAUUUCAAAAGGAACAAAUUUCCAUCGAGUCCCCAGAAGACAGAGCUGAAAAGUAUAUCAUUCUUAAGAAUUAGUCUGAGAGAUUGUGUUAUUGA